AUGACCUGCCGGGACAAGGAUUUAUUUUUUUCAGAUUAUGGCCCCAGCUGGAAGGAGCAUCAUCGCUUUUCUCUCAUGACAAUGAGGAACUUUGGUCUGGGGAAGAAAUCAAAGGAGGAGAGAAUUCAUGACGAGACUCAAUACAUCAUUAAAACACUGGAUAACAACAUUGGCAAAACUCUGACUCCUCAAGUUAUGUUUCAUAAUGCGGCUUCCAACAUCAUGUGCCAGGUUGUCUUUGAUACACGCUACGAGUAUGACGAUGAGUUCAUCGCAACGAUUAUUCAGACUGCCACUGAUCUUACCAAGGCCGCAAAUGGACCAUGGGCGAUGCUGUACAGCUCUUUUCCAUGGAUUCGUAAGCUGCCACUGCCCUUCAACAGGGCCUUUAAUGCAAUGAAGCAUUCUUCUGACCUUGUGCUUCGUUUGUUGAACGAGCACAAGAAGACCAGAGUUCCUGGAGAGCCUCGAGACUUUCUUGACUGCUACCUGGAUGAAAUGGAUAAGAAAGCAGAGGAUUCUACAUUUUCAGAGGACAAACUCAUAUUUACCGCAAUAGAUCUUAUGAUUGCUGGGACUGAUACGACCUCCAACACCCUGCUUACUGCUUUUCUUUACCUUAUGAACCACCCACACAUACAAGAGCGUUGUCAGCAGGAAAUAGACCGGGUGUUGGAAGGGAAGGAUCAGGCCUGUUUUGACGACAGACACCAGAUGCCCGAUGUGCAGGCUGUGAUCCACAAGUCGCAAAGAAUUUCCAACACCGUUCCACUAAGCGUCUUCCAUUGUACGACUAAAGAUACAGAGCUUGCCGGAUAUUCCAUUCCCAAGGGUACGAGGAUCAUCCAGAACAUGAUCUCAGUGCUGAAAGAGGAGGGACAGUGGAAAUACCCUCAUGAAUUCAAUCCUGAAAACUUCCUCAAUGACCAAGGAGAGUUUGUCAAACCAGAUGCCUUCAUGCCUUUCUCUGCAGGUCCUCGGUUGUGUCUCGGAGAGGGUCUGGCUCGUAUGAAGCUCUUCCUUAUCAUGGCGACUCUGUUGAGGAAGUUUAAGUUCAUCUGGCCUGAGGAUGCAGGAGAACCAGACUACACUCCUGUCUUUGGACUCACCACUACUCCAAAACCUUAUCCCAUGAAGGUUCAACACAGGCUUUGAACUGCACUAAACUGACUGAAAGGCAUAAUAAAAAUAAAGUCUGUCCAAUUGA